AUGGCAUCGAGCUCGCAUUCCACACCGUUCGGCGCGCCGCACCCAGCUUCGCCGUCGCUCGACCCCUACAGAGACCAAGCUGGAUUCUUGCCCUUGGUUCCUUGCCACAAGUGCGGAACCGUUUUCAUCGGGCGCGUGUCGCAGAAGCCUGGCAGCAAGGGGAAGAGGUUUUACAAGUGUCCACUGCUUGAGCAUAUCGACUUUGCGUGUGGAGUGUACUACUUUGAGGAACAAUAUAUCAAUUACUUGGUCGCCAAAGGCAUUCUUCCUCGUGCUUGUAGUCAGUUAAUAAAAUGCACACACCAGAAACAUAUUGCUGGAGAUUGGACCAAGCAGUUUGGAUUGAUGGGUGUGCUCUCCUAUUUUUGCCUUGCUUCAGUUGGAGGUUCUGACCUGGGUGCAUUGGUUGGUUCCAAGCAAUGGUGUCUUAGAGUUGGCGCCAUGAUGCUUACCGGCGUGCUGCGCUGUAGCACCGGGUCAACGGGGGACGACCUCUCUUGGGCGAGCGAGGUGUGGUGCCUCACCAUCAAACAGGUCCCGCGAGUCAGUGACGUACCCGGUGACGCGGCCAACAGAAUCCCAAACCCCCUCUGCAAGAAAGAAGCUAUUCCUCAGGAAGGAAAGCUAGUCCCCCCUCCUCGUGUCCUCCGCAUCUCGCAUCCUCGCCGGAAGGAGAAGAAGGACUACUCGACGGCGAUCCUGGAGAGGAAAAAAUCUCCGAACCGCCUUGUCGUCGAUGAGGCCACCAACGACGAUAACUCCGUCGUCGCACUGCACCCUGACACCAUGGAGAGGCUGCAGCUCUUCCGCGGCGAUACCGUGCUCCUCAAGGGUAAGAAGAGGAAAGACACUAUUUGCAUUGUCCUUGCGGAUGAAACCUGUGAGGAGCCAAAGGUUCGGAUGAACAAGGUUGUCCGCCAGAACCUGAGGGUGAGGCUUGGUGAUGUGGUUUCUGUCCACCAGUGCCAGGAUGUAAAAUACGGGAAGCGUGUGCACAUUCUUCCAAUUGAUGAUACAGUUGAAGGCAUUACAGGGAACUUGUUUGAUGCCUUCUUGAAACCAUACUUCCUGGAAGCAUACAGGCCCGCGAGGAAAGGAGACCUUUUCCUUGUCAGGGGUGGAAUGAGAAGUGUGGAAUUCAAAGUUAUAGAGACUGAUCCUGCUGAAUAUUGUAUCGUUGCGCCAGAUACUGAAAUAUUUUGUGAUGGGGAGCCUAUUAAGAGGGAGGAUGAGGAGCGUCUUGAUGAAGUUGGUUAUGAUGAUGUUGGUGGAGUUAGAAAACAAAUGGCCCAAAUCAGAGAGCUUGUCGAGCUUCCACUACGCCAUCCUCAGCUUUUCAAAUCUAUUGGUGUGAAGCCACCAAAGGGCAUAUUGCUGUAUGGGCCACCUGGUUCUGGAAAGACUCUUAUUGCUCGUGCUGUUGCAAAUGAGACUGGAGCCUUUUUCUUUCUGAUCAAUGGCCCAGAGAUUAUGUCGAAGCUAGCAGGAGAGAGUGAGAGCAAUCUCCGAAAGGCAUUUGAAGAAGCGGAGAAGAAUGCUCCAUCUAUCAUUUUCAUUGAUGAAAUUGAUUCCAUUGCACCCAAGAGAGAGAAGACCAAUGGAGAAGUAGAGCGUCGUAUUGUUUCACAGCUACUGACUCUUAUGGAUGGACUCAAAUCUCGUUCCCAUGUUAUUGUUAUGGGUGCUACAAACAGACCAAACAGCAUUGAUCCGGCUCUUCGAAGAUUUGGAAGGUUUGACAGGGAAAUUGACAUUGGAGUUCCUGAUGAAGUUGGCCGGCUUGAGGUUCUCCGCAUUCACACUAAGAACAUGAAACUAGCUGAAGAUGUUAAUUUGGAACUCAUUUCAAAGGAUACCCAUGGAUACGUUGGUGCUGAUCUUGCUGCCCUUUGCACUGAGGCUGCUCUUCAGUGCAUUCGUGAGAAGAUGGACAUCAUAGAUCUUGAGGAUGAGACAAUAGAUGCAGAGAUAUUGAACUCGAUGGCUGUUACAAAUGACCAUUUCAAGACUGCGCUUGGAACAAGCAACCCAUCUGCUCUCCGUGAAACUGUUGUUGAAGUCCCAAAUGUCUCUUGGGAGGAUAUUGGUGGGCUGGAGAAUGUCAAGAGGGAGCUCCAGGAGACUGUUCAAUAUCCUGUGGAGCAUCCGGAGAAGUUUGAGAAGUUUGGUAUGUCUCCAUCCAAAGGAGUUCUGUUCUAUGGUCCUCCUGGUUGCGGUAAGACCUUGUUGGCAAAGGCAAUUGCCAAUGAGUGCCAGGCUAACUUCAUCAGUAUCAAGGGUCCUGAGUUGCUUACCAUGUGGUUUGGUGAGAGUGAAGCCAACGUCCGUGAAAUUUUCGACAAGGCUCGCCAAUCUGCUCCUUGUGUCCUCUUCUUUGAUGAGCUUGACUCGAUUGCUACUCAGAGAGGAAGCAGUGUGGGUGAUGCUGGAGGUGCAGCUGAUAGAGUGCUUAAUCAGCUAUUGACAGAGAUGGAUGGCAUGAAUGCCAAGAAAACUGUGUUUAUUAUUGGGGCUACAAACAGGCCUGACAUCAUUGACCCCGCUCUGCUGAGGCCAGGGCGUCUUGACCAGCUGAUCUACAUUCCACUGCCUGAUGAGCAGUCUAGGCUCCAGAUCUUUAAGGCUUGCCUGAGGAAGUCCCCUGUGGCGAAGGAUGUGGACUUGAAUGCUCUUGCUAAGUACACGCAAGGGUUCAGUGGAGCAGAUAUCACAGAAAUUUGCCAGCGUGCGUGCAAAUAUGCAAUCAGAGAGAACAUUGAGAAGGACAUUGAGAGGGAAAGGCGGAGAAAGGACAACCCUGAGGCGAUGGAAGAAGAUGAAGUGGACGAGAUUGCCGAGAUCAAGGCGGCUCACUUCGAGGAGUCGAUGAAGUAUGCUCGGCGUAGUGUCAGUGAUGCUGAUAUCCGCAAGUACCAGGCGUUUGCCCAGACAUUGCAGCAGUCCCGUGGGUUCGGCAGUGAGUUCCGCUUCUCGGAGCAGUCGGCGACAGCUGGUGCUGCUGCAGCCGAUCCGUUUGCCUCUGCCGGUGCUGCGGCUGAUGAUGACGAUCUAUACAGCUAG